CUGCGUCAUCACCUGGGCGGGGCGCGCCGCCGCUGACGCCAUCACCCCGGCACCUGCCAACAUGGAAGGUGGCGACCGCGGCGUUCCUGUGGCUGGCCAUGGGCCUCUGGGCUCCGGGGCGGCUGCAGCGACUGUCCGGGAGCUCCUGCAGGACGAGUGUUAUAGUGACUUUUUAAAUGAAGACUUUGAUGUAAAGACUUACACUUCUCAAUCUAUUCAUCAAGCUGUAAUUGCUGAACAACUAGCAAAACUUGCCCAAGGAAUCAGUCAGUUGGAUAAAGAACUGCACUUACAGGUCGUUGCAAGACAUGAAGAUUUAUUGGCACAAGCAACUGGGAUUGAGUCUUUGGAAGGUGUCCUUCAGAUGAUGCAGACAAGAAUUGGGGCUUUACAGGGAGCUGUUGAUAGGAUGAAAGCAAAAAUCGUUGAGCCAUACAAUAAAAUAGUAGCCCGUACUGCUCAACUAGCAAGACUUCAGGUUGCCUGUGAUUUGCUUCGGAGAAUUAUUCGCAUCUUGCAUCUCAGUAAGAGACUCCAAGGACAACUGCAGGGGGGAAGUAGAGAGAUAACAAAAGCUGCUCAGAGUCUCAAUGAACUUGAUUAUCUUUCUCAAGGAAUAGAUCUUUCUGGAAUAGAAGUAAUAGAAAAUGAUCUACUUUUUGUUGCAAGAGCUCGACUUGAAGUGGAAAAUCAAGCUAAGCGCUUACUGGAGCAGGGUGUGGAGACUCAGAAUCCAACCCAGGUCGGAACAGCUCUUCAGGUUUUCCAUAAUCUGGGAACUUUGAAGGAUACUAUUACCAGUGUCGUGGAUGGAUAUUGUGCUGCUAUAGAAGAAAAUAUCAACAGUGCGUUAGACAUCAAAGUUUUGACUCAGCCUUCCCAGUCAGCUGUGAGAGGGGGACCUGGACGAUCUACCAUGCCAACCCCAGGGAACACUGCAGCGUUUCGUGCUUCCCUCUGGACCAAUAUGGAGAAGCUUGUGGAUCAUAUUUUUACUCUUUGUGGCCAGGUACAACAUCUGCAAAAAAUAUUAGCCAGGAAGAGAGAUCCUGUCUCUCACAUUUGUUUCAUCGAAGAAAUAGUUAAGGAUGGACACUCUGAAAUUUUAUACACAUUUUGGAAUUCAGUUACUCAAGCACUUUCUUCUCAAUUUCAGACGGCAACAAAUUCUUCUAUGUUUUUGAAACAGGCAUUUGAAGGAGAAUAUCCAAAAUUAUUGCGUCUUUAUAAUGACUUAUGGAAGCGUCUUCAACAAUACAGCCAAAGUAUUCAAGCAAAUUUUAAUCCAAGUGGCAUUGCAGACCUCUAUGCUGACUUACAACACAUGGAAGAUGAUACACAAGAUGUAUUCAUACCAAAAAAGCCAGACUAUGAUCCAGAAAAGGCUUUGAAAGACUCACUACAACCCUAUGAGGCUGCUUACCUAUCAAAAUCCUUAUCUCGACUCUUUGAUCCUAUCAACUUGGUUUUUCCCCCUGGUGGUCGUAACCCUCCUUCUGCCGAUGAACUUGAAGGUAUUAUUAAAACUAUAGCAAGUGAACUAAAUGUAGCUGCUGUUGAUGCAAACCUCACAUUAGCUGUGUCAAAAAAUGUGGCAAAGACCAUCCAGUUGUAUGGUGUAAAAUCAGAGCAGCUGCUCUCCACACAAGGAGAUGCAAGUCAGGUGAUUGGACCUCUUACCGAAGGGCAGAGAAGAAAUGUGGCAGUAGUGAAUUCGCUAUAUAAGUUGCACCAAUCGGUAACAAAGGUGGUUUCCAGUCAGAGCUCGUUCCCACCAGCAGCUGAGCAAACUAUAAUUUCAGCCCUAAAGGCGAUCCAUGCUCUUAUGGGAAAUGCUGUGCAGCCCUUGCUGACGUCCGUGGGAGACGCUAUAGAGGCCAUCAUCAUCACUAUGCAUCAGGAAGACUUUUCUGGAUCGUUACCCAGCUCAGGAAAGCCUGAUGUUCCCUGUUCUCUCUACAUGAAGGAGCUUCAGGGUUUCAUUGCCAGAGUUAUGAGUGACUACUUCAAACACUUUGAGUGCUCGGAUUUUGUCUUUGACAACACUGAAGCUAUUGCCCAAAGAGCCAUUGAGCUUUUUAUCCGGAAUGCCAGUCUCAUAAGACCUCUUGGUGAAGGUGGGAAGAUGCGACUUGCUGCUGAUUUUGCACAGAUGGAGUUGGCUGUGGGUCCAUUCUGCAGAAGAGUAUCUGAUUUAGGAAAGUCCUAUCGAAUGCUGAGGUCAUUCAGACCACUGCUCUUCCAGACAAGUGAACACGUGGCCAGCAGCCCUGCACUGGGAGACGUCAUUCCAUUCAGCAUCAUUAUUCAGUUUUUGUUCACAAGAGCACCCCCUGAGCUGAAGUCCCCCUUUCAGAGGGCCGAGUGGUCCCACGCACGCUUCUCCCAGUGGCUGGAUGAUCAUCCCUCUGAGAAGGACAGGCUCCUCCUCAUCAGGGGCGCCCUGGAAGCUUAUGUUCAAUCAGUAAAAAGCAGAGAAGGCAAAGAAUUUGCACCAGUUUAUCCCAUAAUGGUUCAACUGCUUCAAAAAGCUAUGUCUGCUCUUCAGUAAUAAUAUGAAGUAUUUCUUAAUCUCCAUUUUGUGCUAACUCAUCCAAGGUUAGCAGUUAAACUAACACUCUGAAAGACAGCUACCAUCUACUAUUUUAAGCAUGUAAUUGACUUUUCUGUAUUUCCUAUUGAUCUUUCCUGUUUACCUCUGAAGCCCUUUCUACCUUAAAUAGCAUAAAAUGUCAAAACUGAUUCAUCGUCACCACCUUCCAAGUCAGUGGACCUGCUUUUUCCAGAAAGAUACUGAACUCUUCUCUCCUCUCAGGCUUCUCUAUGAGGCUAUCUAAAACUUCUUUCCCAUCACAGAGUCCCCGCUGCUUCUUAAGGGAGAUGAUCAAGUUACAUAGUAAGUACACUGCUGCUCCCCCACUGGCUUCCCUCCUCACUGGAUAAGCAGGGAACCCAGUGAUUUAGGAGCUUUAAAGACAUCCUGAUGCCCAAUUUAUACCCCUUAUUAACAUGUAUGGGGGUAGGAGCCAGGCAGUGUUUCCAACGUGCAACGAAGUUUGGGAACCACUGGCAUAUCCCAAAGCUAAGAUGUAGGGCUAAAUGUUGUUUGUGUCUCACUGUAUCUUUAAUAAAGAUAGAGCAAGGC